GUCACACUUGCUAGGCAGGUGCUCUCCCACUGAACUGCCAUUUUGUUCAUUAUUUUGAGGCAGAGUCUUAUGAAGUUGUCUAGCCUGGCCUUGAUUUGCAAUCUUCCUGCCUCAGCCUCCCAAGUAGCUGGGAUUACUGGUAGGUACAUGCCGCUAUACCUGGCAGAAUUGUGAUUCUGCUUUGGAUGAACCUCAUUUGAAAACUGGUACCCCUUUCUUUACAGCUCAGGGUUCAGGGACAGCGACACAUGCCGACAUAUUAGCGAUGAGGAAACUGAGACUAGGCAUGGGUUCGAGUCUUACCCAGGGCCCAGCAGAGGGUCAGUGGUUAAUGGUCCACUUCCAAUCAUGCAGACCUCCCGGGCGGCCCUGCACUGUCCGAGGUUGGGUCCGGGCUCUGAUUCUCCCAUCGGGGCUCCCAGGAUGGGUCCCUGCGUGUCAGCUGAGGUCACAAAGCCCCCUCUGGGCUCCUCCCCCACAGGACCAUGGCCACGGCCUGUGUCCCCCACCCCUGGGGAAGCUGAGCUCCAGGGUCCAAGGCCGGCAGCCUGGGUGGGAUGGGAGUGGGGCCCCUGGGUGGUGGACCCCUGGAUGGGGACCCUUCCCACACCCGCACCUGCAGCCAUCAUGAAGUGCUUCUGGAACACCCGGCCAGCCCAGCCACUCCAGGGGUCCCAGAAGUGGGUCCCUGUUCUGGGCAAGCUGCAGAAGACCCUCCAGAAGGGCGAACACCUGCCCCUGCGUCCCAUGCCCAUGUUCGAGAGUAACUUCGUGCAGGUGACAGAUGCUGGGAGCCCCGUGCUCAUGCAUCACAGCGCUAACCGGGUGACCAUGGGCGUGGCCGCCUCCCUGCCCGGCCUGGUGCUUCCAGACAUCCUGCUCGUCGCCCGCCCCCAGGCCAGGGAUGGCUCCUGCCUCGAGCUGACCAGGGUGAUCCCCCUGGACUGCGCGCGCCUCUACGUCCACAACGUGUCUGCCCGGCGCCUGAAGCUGCGGCUGGUCACCGGCCGCUGCUACUACCUGGCCCUGGAGGCCCCGGACCCCGAGCUGGGCUUCCUGUUCAACUGCUGGGUACGCCUUGCCCACCUGCUCCGGGAGCCGGCCACCGCCCGGCCCCCCCGGCCUCCACACCCACCUGGCCAAGACGCGCUCCUGGCCACAGUGCCUGCCUCCACCUGGCGCCUGCAGGACCUGGCCCACAGCAGCUGCACAGCCGCCAUCGGGGAGCCCGCCUUUCCUCCGAAGAAGCUGAGUAUACAGAAGUCGAGGAAGGCCAAAUGCAGGCUCCAGUCCCGGGCUGUGGGCGACUCUGUGCCUCUCCUCUGGCCAAAGCACGAGUGUGCUGACCUGCGGAUGAAACCCGCAGGAAAGAGGUCCGCCCGCAGUGCCAACACUGACAGAUGUGCCAUCCAAAUCCAUGACCCUGGGAAGCCCAGCAUCACCAUCCGCACCAUCUUCAGCGUCAUCUCCAGCACCGUCCAGCAGGCCUGCGCACCCGAUUCUGAGGAGGCCCCAGGCCGGGAGGGUCUGAUUGCAACUCCUUCCCGCUGUGUGUCCCCUGCCAGCUGCAGCCUUUCCCCACUGGGGUCCUAUGAUUCUUGGGAGACGCUCCUGUGGCAUGGAGACAUCAAGGACUCCCUGGUCCCAGAAGCCAGCACGCGGUCCUCCUCCUCCUCCGGCAAGGCUCCGCCCUCUCCUGCCCUGUUCGUCUUUCCACCCUGUCCCUCUUUCCCCAGCCCCCGGGACAAGGCCAGAGACGCGGAUUUGCAGGUGGGCCAGUGGCCGCCACCCUCCCGGAAGGCCCGGUCUGGUGCUGGCCCACAGCAGAGGGCACCGGGCAUCACGGAGCAGCCUCAGAGGGUGCCAGCUGUCCCGGCCCCAUCCUGGAAGACCCCAACUGUCUCUGCUGGUCCUCAGAAGUCCCCAGCUGCCCCCCACUCAUCCCAGGAGGCCAAAGCUGUGCUCUCCCCACCCUACAAGCCACCACCCCAGGCACUGACAGCCCCACCUGCACACACAGGUCCCCAGAAGGCCGCAUGUCCCCCUGCCCCAGAGAAGCAGCCUCUGCUCCUGCCAUCCUGGGUCCAGCAGGUCCCUGCCCCGCCCCCCCGCCCCCGGGCGGCUCCCAGCCGACCUGCCUUUCAGGGGAAGCCCCCAGCUCAGCUCGACAAGGCGCUGGCGGGACUUCCUGGAGCGGAUGUGACCGAGAAAAACAAGCCCCAGAGGACAGGGGUGCAUGGGGUGUUGGUGGGCGCCCAGGAGACAAAUGUGAUAGACAUGAGGACCCAGAAGGUGUCCCUGGACCUGCCCUUCACCGCUACCACCAAGCAGUCCAAGGAGGUGCUGCUCAGCCAAACCCAGGAGGUCACCCGGGGGGCCUUGCGGGGCCAGGCAAAGUCAGAAGGCACGGCCUGCAGGAGGACGGAGGCGCCGUCGCUGGGCCUGCCUGGUGCGAGGUCCAAAGAGGAGCAGCAGCAGAAGAGCAGGGAGAGGACCCAGCAGGUGGCCAUCAAGGCUCCGGAGCGGGAGUGCAGCAGGGCCUUCUCUGUGGAGGGGCUCAUGAUGGCCAAGCUGAUGAUCAUGGGCAGCUCCAGAGAGCAGUGCCCAAGGCCUCCUGGGGCUUCCCGGCCCUCCUGGCUCUCGGGGACGUCCCGGGCAGCGGCCACAUCGGUGGAUGGCCAGGUCUCGCUGCCCCUGAACCCCAGCCGGCUGUCCUUGCUGGAGGGGACACAAGUGGUGGUCAGGGGGCAGCCAAAGCCCCACCCCUGGGUGAAGGAGAAAGCACAGCAACAGAGGGCGAGGGAGCCCCCCUCGGCGGGGCCUUCCAAGGGCGCCCUGGGCUCCGUGCCUGGCUCUGACAGCCCGCUGGCCGCAGACCCCCUUGUUCCCAUCCCCUUGCCUGCCUCGCUGUGGGAGGACAUGCCGCAGCCCCCGCUCCCGCCAGCCUCCAGCUCGGGAGCCAAAGCCCCAGCCAGGGCACCCCAGCAGUUCUCAAGAGCCCCCCAAGGGCCACCGAGGGUGCCCCGGCAGCGUCCAGCCAUGACAGGGUCGUCCUCAGAAGGCGUCCUGCCAGUGCUCCUGGAAAUUCAGAGUGUGAGGGAAGCAGCCACCAAGGCGCAGAUGACAAAGGGGGACCUAAGCUUCCUUCACCCUCUGGCCAGCGUGCUGCGCUCCCGGCGCCUUCACUAGUGGGUCCCAGUGAACCGCAGCUCGGUGUCAAGCAGUGGAGGAGCCCUGCAGGUCCAGGCCCCACGGCCCCAGGGUGCUGCGCACCCUUCCUCGGAGCGCGGGCAAGGCCGGUGGGGCCCCUCUCCCGGACAGACCGGAGCCGUCUGUGCGUUUACAUAUGGGGAGGGCGGGAAGAGCCUCCGUCAGUAGAAAUUAAAGACCGGAGCCUGGUACUCAG